UAAUAUUCAUGAGCUCCAGCAGGAUUCGUCAUUUCCCAAAGCGGCAGGCUCGAGCUCGGCUGUGCGAGAAUCAGCCCGAAACACAGCCGAACAUCACAGCAAAAGAUGAAAAUGUAGACAUAAAUCAGAAGAUGCGCACAUGGUGACGAUGGAAGACGGACUGGUGUCUGAGGACGAUAUAUUGCUUCGCUCAGAGAAGGAGUUUCACGAUGCUGCGAAGAGGAACGACACGGAGAGAAUGCAGGAGCUCAUCAGAAGAGGGGUGGACAUCAAAGUCAAAAAUAAGAUGGACCGUAAGGCCCUUCACUGGGCAGCAGGAGCCGGCAGUGAGCAGGCAGUGCGUCUGCUGCUGGACCACGACAUGGAGCUGGAUGAUAUGGACAGCUUCGGUAUGAACCCUCUGCUCUUAGCCGCAUGGUUUGGUCACCUCUUGAUCCUAAAGAUCCUUGUCUCAACUGGGGCAAAGCUCACCUGUGAAAACAAAAAUGGCUUGAAUCUCUUGCACUGUGCUGCUCAGAGGGGUCACAUCAGUAUUUUGGAGUAUAUCAUGGAAGAUCUGGAAAACGUGCAGCUUAAUAAAGUCGACAAGUCAGGAAAGACAGCGUUUCAUUUGGCCGCAGGGCAUGGACACCUGGAGGUGGUGGAGUUUCUCAUUGGAAUGGGCUGUGCUCAUGACAUCAAGGACAAGGAGGAAAACACUGCACUGCAUUUGGUAGCCAAGCAAGGCCACAGUGACGUCCUACAGAAGAUCAUGGAGACCGGGGAGAGCAUUGAUGAAAAAAACAUUGACGGCAUGACGGCUUUACAUCUGGCAGCUGAAGGAGGACAUUAUGAAUGUAUCAGACUGUUGCUGGAGGCUGGCUGCAAUGUCAAUGAACUUACUCAUAGUAACAGGUCGGCUCUUCAUCUGGUGGUCCAGCAUGGCUCAGGAAGAGAGGUCCGACUGCUGGUACAGGCUGGGAUCCACCUGGAUUCAGUAGACACACAACAUACUUCAGCUCUACAUCUGGCAGUACUCAACAACUCCACAGGAAUAGUGAAGGAUCUUAUCGAUGCCGGAUGCGACCUGGACAUCUUCGACAAUCGGCUUCAAACUGCUUUGCACAUAGCAGCAGAACACGGACGGCAGAACAUCGCUGAAAUUAUCCUGAUAUCUGGAGUCAAUCUCAAUCUGCUCGACAAGCAGGGAAAGACGUCACUGGAUGUUGCAGCACGAAGCAACCAUGUGAAUGUCGUUGACAUGAUUAUCAAAGCUGACAGAUUUUAUAAAUGGGAGAAGGAAAAUGUGACGAGUGACUCUGACUCUCUGGUGGGAACAAGUCUUACCUUUAAACAAGAUCAUCGACAGGAGACACAACAUAUCCGAUCUGUCCUAUGGAAACUCGCCUCCAAAUAUCUCAAACCAGACGAGUGGAAAACACUGGCUCGGCACUGGAAGUUCUCAGAAGCACAUAUUCGAGCCAUAGAGCACCAAUGGACAGGUACAAAGAGCUACAAGGAGCACGGGCACAGGAUGCUGCUCAUCUGGCUGCACGGAGUGAUCACCGCUGGAGAAAACCCCAUCAAGGGUUUGUACGAAGGUCUGAUAGGAAUCUCAAGGAUCGAUCUGGCAGAAAGCAUGCGACAGCUGGCAAAUGCGGAUCCAUCUUCUGCUAAAAAAUGCUCUACAAUGUAAUUUGAGAUUUAUUGAGAAAAGUCUGGACUGAGCACGUAGCAACCAGGAGAUCAGAUGCUCUUCAAAUACACAGCACUGAUGAAACACAAAUAGUCCCUAAAAUACAACCUCAGUGACGUGACUGAGAAGAAAACUUAGCCGUUCACACCAAGAGCAAAUAUUUACAGCAAACAUGUUUCUGUGGAAGAAAAUAUUACGGCCAUUUUUUUUUAGGAGAACAUCUAGAUUAUUUUUUUCUCUGUCAGAAAAACUCACUAAGCAAUGGCAUUUUUGGUUAUGCUGAAUUUCAGGUACAUUUUUACAGUUAUGCAUGUCUUUCUGUCCUAAAUUAUUUGUAUAUGCAACAUUUCUGCUGUAAUAAAGUUAUUUUUAACACUAGAAAUAAAUAUAAUACUAAUGAAGCUGCAUUAGCCAGGAUACUGGGUAACACACGUGUGUUUAAAUGUGUGUGUGGUGUGCAGUAAUGUUAGAGUCUCUCUUGACUGAUCAUCCUGUUCAUUAUGAGACUUGCCAGACUGAAAGGCCCAAACUUUUGUAUGUGCACAUGUUCUUAUAUAAACACGGGACAAGAGAAAGAAGGUGCAAUGAAAUUAAUUGAUUAAUAAACCUCUGCAGUAUUUUAUGCAGAUUAGGACUGGCCUGACAUUGAUUUCUCGAUUUUAAUCGAUUCUCUGAGGAACUAAUAUUGAUUCUUAAAUCCCAAGAAUCAAUCUUUUAUGCUGUUUUCAGUUGAUGAGUAAACAAAACUUCACUAAACAACAUUAUUUGCUAUAACAAGCUUUGUUACUUUUGAUAUAAAACAAAGUCUCAGCUUUAAAAUUACAUAACUUUUUGUUAUGAACGUAGAGCACACCUGAACCAAACCUUUCCCCCUUACUACUAGUUAUUGCAUGAAAUAAACAUGAAUGAACAUUGGAUGGUAUGCUUUAUGCUGGUCAUGUGCUGGCAAAGGACCAGCAUAAACCAGCAAAAGAACCAGCAUAAACCAGCAAAAGGACCAGCGUAAACCGGCAAAGGACCAGCGUAAACUGGCAAAGGACCAGCGUAAACCGGCAAAAGGACCAGCGUAAACCGGCCAGGACCAGCGUAAACCAGCAAAAGGACCAGCGUAAACCGGCAAAAGAUCAGCGUAAACCAGCAAAAGGAUCAGCGUAAACCGGCAAAGGAUCAGCGUAAACCGGCAAAAGGACCAGUAUAA